AUGCGAAAAAAGGGAAUUUUCUAUACAAAAUAUUCUAUACGUAUACAUUGUGUUUGGUUGAUUGAUUUUAUAUGUAAAUUUGAGAAUGAUGAAUGGAACUUAUCCAAAUGUUUUAUUUAUCCACAGUUUCCUGUACAAGAUCAAGUGCCUAUUGGAGAAUUAUGUUCAUUAAAACUGAUUGAUCACAAUGAUUAUGGUGCAUUAGAACAUUUAUUGCCAACUUUACGAACAAUGGGAUUUAAAUUAUUAGUACAAUAUGUUGAAACAUUGUGUACAAGAUAUAAUAUAAAAAAAUGUGGCAUUAUGUUUCUAUAUAAUAAUGGAAUUCAUAAAAUGAUAAAUGGUAAAAUCGAAAUUAUUGAACAAACAAGAAAAUCAAUUAUAUUGGUAGAAAAAGAUGAAGAUAAAAAACCAAGUGAAGCAUCAGCUACAGUACUUAAUACAACCGAUAUAAAGAAUCAAUGUAUUUCUGUUUAA